AUGGCUCUGCGGGAGGUCGCAGGCGGGUUGUGGGUGCGGUACGCGCCGCACGUGCUGAUGGUGCUGGCGCAGCUGUGCUACACGCUCAUGUACUUCAUCACCGAGGCCGCCUUCAACGAGGGGCUCAACCCCUACGUCUACAUCACCUACCGCCAUCUGCUCGUCGCCGUCCUCAUCUGGCCCUUCGCCUACUACCAGGAGAAGGGGUUGAGGCCUAAAAUGACGUUGAUGCUGUUCAUGGAGAUAUUUGUGCUCUCGCUUCUCGGGGUGAGCUUAACUCUGAACAUGUACUUCGCGAGCUUGAAGUACACGUCCCCGACGUUCGUCACCUCCGUGGUGAACACCAUUGCCUCAAUGACGUUCGUCAUCGCCAUCAUCCUCAGGAUGGAGAUCGUGGACGUGAAGAGCCUACGCGGGCUCGCCAAGAUCGCAGGGACUGUGGUGUCUUUCGCCGGGGUGACCACCAUGACUCUGUACAAAGGAGCAGCCAUCACGAGCCUCUGGAAGUCGCCUGUUCAUAUCCCCGGCAGCGACAGCGGCGGUGGCGUUGCCCAUGGGAGCUGGGUGAAAGGGUCAGUCCUCGCAGUGGCCAGCUGCAUAUGCUGGUCCAUCUGGUACAUCAUGCAGGCGUCGUCUCUGAAGAGGUACCCGGCCCAGCUCUCGCUGACGGCAUGGAUGUGCACGGUCGGGGGCAUCCAGUCCACUGUUUUCACGGUGUUCAUGCAGCACAAGCCGGAAGACUGGCGCAUCGGCUUCGGCCUCAAGUUCUGGUGCAUUGUCUACUCGGGCAUCGCCUGCAACGGCUUCACGGUGUUCGUGCAGCUGUGGUGCACCGAGAAGAAAGGCCCCGUCUUCGUCACCAUGUUCAACCCCCUCUCCACCAUCAUGGUCGCCAUCCUGGCCUACUUCAUCUUCGGCGAAAACCUAUACGUCGGCAGCAUCGUCGGAGGCGGGGUUGUGAUUGUGGGCCUCUACAUGCUGCUGUGGGGAAAGGAGAAAGACCAAGAGCACGGCAGCACGGGCGAAGAGCGGGAACAGCUCGAGAUGGACUGCGAGAAGCAGGCGAAGAAGGCCAGCGAUGUCUACGGAGCGCCCAAGACGACGAAGUGA